AUGUCGGUUUUGAGUAAAGGAAUGAAAUUUGACUGUGAUCGUAAAUUUUUAACGUUCUUCAAAAAAUACCAAAGGGAUAAAAGACAGCUUUUCACUAAGAGAAGUUCAAUUUCGAGCCAGGACAAACAAGUCGCGCACAGAAAUAUUAAUCGAAAAAAGUUUAAGUAUUACACUGUCCUGUAUUGCUGUAAGUACGGUGGACAUGAAUAUGAAUCACAAUCAAAUGGAGAACGGAAACGAGGGACCAGAAAGAUGGGAUGCAAAGCAAAAGUUAGGGCUACUGUCGAUAAAACGGGCCGACAUCUCGUUAUUAGGAAGGCGGACCUGAUCCAUACAGGACACGAUGACCUCGAGGAAUACUUUGAUACGCUCCCAGAGAACAAAAGACUUUCGGACCAAACUACUCAAUAUGUUCUCGACACAAUGAAAUUCGAUCCAAAAAAGGCCAAAUUGUUCGAUUAUUUGGAAACAAAAAAAAACGUACAAUGGGAUUCAAAAGAUCUUGCAAACUUGAAGCGUCGCCAUGAACCAACUAAAAAUGGGAACGAUUACGUGGAGUUUACAAAAAUACUUAAAAAUGAAGGUGCAUCAUAUCAAACUCUGAUCGAUGAAAAGCGCGAAUUAGUAGCCAUUUUUUUUUGUACGCCAGAGAUGCGGAAAGCAAUGAGCAAGUGGUCUGAUAUCGUGUUCUGGGACAGCACGUACAGGCUCCUAAACAACAAUUUUGUGUUAUCCUUAUUCCACGUAGAAGACUCGAAUGGCUUCACUAGAACCGUCGGAGUAGGCCUGCUAGCCAACGAAGAGGCGGAAACUUUCAAAUGGCUUCUAACAUGUUUUCGUGAAGCCAACCCUGAAGCUUGUCUGAAAAUUAGGUCCAUUAUGACCGACAAGGAUCCUUCUGAGAGAGCAGCCUUGAGGGAAAUUUUUCCAGAAGUUAACCUCCUGAUUUGCAGUUUUCACGUCCAACAAAUUUUCCAUCGACAAAUAACUGUUGGAAAAAGGGGGGUAACGAGCGAGGAAAAAGAUGACCUCCUUUUAAUUUUGCGAAAACUAGUGUACAGCGAAUCGGAGGAAGAUUACGAUGAAACGUACACUGAAUUUUGUGAAGUUGCUCCAGAAGAAGUGAUCGAUUAUUAUAACACCAACUGGCAUUCGAUAAAAGACGAGUGGGUCCUGUAUCGUAUGAAUGCUCACGGAAAUUUGAAUAAUAAUACAAAUAAUAGAGCAGAAUCGACACAUGCCAAGGGUAAACAAAUAGUUCCACUACACAGCAGUCUGGUAGAGUUCGGCAAAAACAUUUUUGUUUUCUUUCGGGCACAAGCGCGUCAAAUCAAGAUCAAAAGCGGAAAACUGAUGACUACAAAAUCAGCAGAAGCUUUUACAACCGCAGAUGAAAAAAACUAUUGUGAGUUGUUAACUCCAAAAGCCUUUGCCGAAUUGCAACCAGAACUGCUGGAGUACCCUGACGUUCAAAUCAUGAGUAGCAAUGUCGCUCAAAAAGAGUGUUCUUUCGAAUUAAACGGAAGGACAAUCACGAGUUCUUUAACUAAAUGCAAAUGUCUGAAAAAUCGUUCAAUGUUUCUGCCUUGCAAACAUGUAUUUGCUACUCGUGAUUUCUUCGAGCAACCACUUUUUGAUAAAACGUUGUGUGCAGAAAGAUGGUUGAGAGGGUAUAGUGUACAAUGCGAUACUGAAAUUUCCAAACUCACACACUUCCCUAAUUGUAGCCAAUCCUCAAACGGUAGCGUCACACAAAUUAGGCAGUCGAACGAACAUGUCACACUGGAAAAACUUGCAAAGAAGUAUGACACUUCGUUCAACUUGCUGGCUCACGUAGGCAGCUUGUCUGCGAAUCAAAACUUGCAGAACAAGAGUGACUGUUUGCAUGAUGUGAUGGAUUUGUGGGCGAAAGGGAAAAAUGUGCGACUUUCAAAAAUAACAAACAAUGAAUUGAAUGUUAUUCAAUGUACAUUGAAGUUGAAGUCGACAAAUGACAAAAGGCGUCAUCUUUUUUGUAUGAAAAAAACUCCUCGAGAAAUUCAGUUGUCAGAGAAAAAAAUCAAAAUACUAAAUCGACUGCUCUCACUGUGGAAGAAGAAUGUUCCAGUUAUUGCUAAAGAGUCAGAUGGCGAUUGUAGUUUAAAUGAUAGUGCGACCUUGAAUACUAGCGAGAUUAAAGUACCGGAACCAACUUUGAUCAAAGGACGACCGAGACAAGCGUUCGAUACGUACAUUAAGUAUAAG